AUGGUUCAUCUGAAUCGACGCAACACUGUCGGCAUUGGAAGGUGUAAAGACCUUGAUCAGAGAAACAGAGGUCAUCUAGUGCAUGGUCCUAUGUCGGAAGAUGCGAAGGUUUGUGGAAUGGAGGUGCAUGGGGAUAUGUGGGUGGGUGUUUUGGGUGAAGGGGCGGAGAAAGUGAGAGGAAGGGAAAGGGGCUAUUUGUGA